ACUCUUGCCUCUUCUGCCGGUUUUCGAUCAUACAGUGUCAACUUCACGUUCUCAUCAGCCACCUUACUGGCUUGUCCAGUCACGACCAACCGCAAUGGUUCACAGGCAGGCCUUUGUGGCCGGUAUCAUCUCAUCGGGCGCCUCCUCUCCUAGUGAACUCAGCAGCGAGCUAGUACUAGGAACGAAUACCGCCAACAGACCAGCUCCUUACCAGAGGUCCAACAUCGAUAUCAACAUAACGAACCAUUACAACUCCAAGGUCUACACAUCUUCCUCGCCUAUCGUUGGCGAUGUUACCAUCACGACCAAGCGAGAUGUUCGGUUCGACUCCAUCGAAAUUAUUCUGCUCGGAAACACAAGGACAAAGACAGAAGGUGUAAACUCACCCGUUGAGAUUGCACAUACCUUCCUCAAGCUGACGGACCAAGUACGAGAUCAACACGUUCUGCUACCACCGAGCAUGGGAAAGGAAUGGGAGAUAGACGAUAUGGCACCUACAAUGGCCUCGGUCGAAUACAGCAUCAAAGCCAGGGUGUUACAUCAACCAAAUCUGGGAGGAGAGCGGAUCAGGAUCAUGGAGGCUCGGAAGUCCAUCCAUGUACUACCAGCCUCACCAGAGGAGCCGCCUCUCAACAUCACCGAAAACGACAAGCUUUACUGCAUGUACAAGAAGAAGUCUCUGCGCAAGUUCCUCUCGUCCAAAAUCGGGACACUGACGGCCGAAGCCAUCCAGCCCCGGGCCGCCAUCCUCCAAUCCAACGGCCGAACCAUGACCUCCACCCCCAUGGCCCAAAUCCGACUAAAGUACGAGCCCACCUCAUCGCAACAGCUCCUCCCUCCACCCUCCAUCACCAGCAUCUCCGGCAAAGUCACCGCCCACACUUUUUUCAACGCUGGCACGACGCCCACAUUCCCGAAUCUGGGUAACUGGACCGCCGACUACUCGACAGACAAGCGCGGAGUUUAUUCGACAUCCGUGCCGCUGCCCAAGAUCUCCGUGGUCCAUCCGACGACCUGGCAACAACACCCUUGUUCGCUCGAGAGGCGAGACUCUGGUUACGCCAGUGACCGUAGCAGCAGUGCCUCUGAGACCGAAACCCGACAAUUGAUUCCCCCAUUAUUAUCAUCUUCAUCACCACCACCGACCACUUCAUCCAUGCCCUCCUCCAGGUCCUCCUUCUCCUCUACAAAAAAGGCCAAACCCUCAUCAUCGACAUCAUCAAUCUACUUAACCUCCACCCUCUCCAUCCCCCUCCCUCUCCCUCUCGACCGCCGGACCUUCAUCCCCACCUUCCACUCCUGCAUCGCCUCGCGCGUCUACACUCUGACUCUCUCCGUCACCGCUGCCGUUGUUGGUAGCACCAGUGCCAGCACCACUUUCUCCCUGACACUACCACUACAAGUAGCAGUGGAGUGGGAUCCCGAGCAGCAGGAGCAGCAGAGGGUGGAUGGGCAGGGGUUGCCGCACUUUGAGUCGUUGUAUGGUACUACUACUGGUACUACUGUUGGUGUGGAUGGAGGUAUAGAGGGGGUAAAUGAGGAGGAGGAAAUGGCGGCGGCGGAAGAGCAUUUGAGGCCGAGGGUUAUUGGGUUGCCGCCUGAUUCGUGGUAUCGGGAGAUGCAGAUGCAGAGGGAGAGUCACAGGGAGCGAGAAAGUGGAAGGGAAGUGGUGAGGGGGGCUGAUAAUGGUGGUGGGCAGCAGCAGCAGCAGGUGAGGGUGGCGGAGGAAGGAAGGUUGCCGGGGUAUGGGGAGGCUAUACUUACCAGGUGAUUUUUCGGUCUUGUUUUGUCUUCAUUUCCUUUUGAUCUUUUCAGCUCCGUUGGCGUGAUGUGUUUUUCUGGGCUUUUGGCAUAUCGGAACAGAAAAUAAGUGCGGAUACCGGAUGUGGGAUGAUACCAUGACGUGGAUAUGGAUAGCAAUACCCUUG